AUGUCGUUAGUGCUUUCCUCUUCCGGUGCCGAAUGAGAUCGUGAAAUCGCAGUUGCUGUGCGCAAUUUAUUAUAAAUUUCGAUAACGUGAUUCGGUGUCGAAACGUAAAUAAUAUAGAUAUACACAAUCUUCGAAUAAAACUGCUCCAAAAGUUUUAACUCAUUCAUAAUCAUUGACAACAUGGAGUUCACUGAAGAAAUUACGAAUCAGCUCGAAGAGCUCGCGCGACAGUGCAUCAAAGAUCCAUCUCUUUUAUAUAAUCCGAAAUUACUCUUUAUCAAGCAAUUGAUAGAACAUUACGGUGGCAAGGUACCACAAGCUAAAGAAGCCAAUAGUUCAUCGGAUGCAAAAUGUGAAUUUCAAAGCAAGCCUGCGGAACCACAGCCUGAUUCUGAGAGUGAAGAAAGUGAUUUGGAGCUGGAUAUGACUGGUGUAAUUGAACCAGAUAGCGAGUCUCCUCAAAAAAUGGGAAAUCUAACUUUGCAACCCACAGAGGAGGAAAUUGCAGAGUCGCAGACAAAGAGAUCCGAAGCAGUCUCUGCAUUUAUGGAAAAAGAUUACGAGAAAGCUAUACAAUUUUAUACGGAAGCUAUCGUAUUGAAUCCACAUGUAGCCUUGCUAUAUGCUAAACGAGGUCAAAUCUUUCUGCUAUUGAAAAAGCCAAAUGCCUGCAUUCGUGACUGCGAUCGUGCUAUAGAGUUAAACCCGGACAAUGCAGCAGCUCACAAAUUCAGAGGAAGAGCUUAUCAUCUGCUUGGAAAGUUCGAAGAGGCAGCGAAUGAUCUGAGACUAGCCUGCAAGCUCGAUUUCGAUGAACAAGCGGACGAAUGGCUGCGCGAAACUACUCCGAACGCACGAAAGAUAGAAGAGCACAAGAGAAAGAAGGAACGAAAGGCUCAGGAAAAAUUGGAGCACGAGAAGCAGGAAAGAUUACGAAAAGCACGAGAGGCCGCCAAAGCUCGCGAGGAAAAUACGCGAACCUCUCAGACGGAUGCUGGCAAUUCGGGUAUUCCCGGGGAUUUCUAUCAAUUCCUUAAAGAUCCUGAAGUACUUCAAGCUUUUCAGGAUCCGGAAGUGGCCGAGGCCUUCAUGGAUAUCUCCAAAAAUCCGGCAAAUAUUUUGAAAUAUCAAAACAAUCCAAAGAUAAUGGCUCUUAUCAAUACGAUGGCCUCGAAAUUUGGCGGUAUGCCCGGUGGUAUGCCCGGUGGUAUGCCCACGGGAGCAGGAGGAUGUCGCCCGAAACCGACCCCUGAAGAUGACGUUGGCCUUGAUUAAUCGCGAUCCUUUCAAUCGCUUUUAUUCUUACGAAUGCAUCUUGGUCAAUUGACUCAUUAAAGGCUGAUUUGCGUUUAGCUAUUCUUUUUUUAAGUUGCCAUGAAUUGCGCUAAAAAAGAUUUAUCUUGAGAAAAUUGAUAAUUUAAGAGAUCAAUUAUAUAAAUACAGGAUUAAUUCUAGCAUCAACGUAUUGAAAACUUUUACAUUUUAUUCUUGUUAGUGUUCGUUUCGUAUCGUAGAUGAAAUCUUGGAUUAUUCGCAAUUUGAUUUAUAUAUCUUUUAUUUAAAUUUAUUAUUUUGAUCUUACAUUUCCUUUACAUUUUUUGCAUUUUUUAUUAAUUAACUGGAAAAUCUAUUACGGUUAACGUAAGAAUUUAUGUUAAAAAAUUGCGAGGGUGAAAUAUGAAACGAAUGCUUUUAAUGGGUUAAGCGCUAUUGUUCGUUUAUAUCUCUCGCUCUGUAUACAGAAAAGUAUAUAUAUUAUAUGUAUAUGUAAAAUCAGAUAUACAAACAAUAAGUACAUCAGUGAUAUAUCUUCGAAAGAGCUUUUAUUAUGGAUCAAUAUAGUUUGUUAUACAUUAUAAAGCGCCUUUCGCGCAUUUUUUAAGAAGACAAAUUUCUUUGUG